AUGGGAAGAUUAAAGGACAUGAUCAAAAAAGGAGGUGAAAACAUUGCCCCUCGCGACGUAGAGCAAGUGCUUGAACUUCAUCCCGACAUCUUGACAGCGGCAGUAGUCGGAAUACCAGACAUUGGCAGCAAGGAUAUCUGCAUUUGGCUGCGAACUCGGCUGGCCGCCUUCAAAAUCCCAGAGCACGUAUUUUGGAUUGGGGAUGGUACAGGAGUACCAGAUCAUUUACCAGUGAACUCUAGCGGCAAGAUACUAAAGCAGGAGCUCAGUCGUAUUGCUGAUCAUCUGAAGAAUGCAACUGAGCCCUAG